GCUGCUCUCUGAUUGGUUAUGGCAGACUGGAGCCUGCUGGGAAACUUCCUGGAGGAAGUACAGGAACAUUCUACCUCUAUUGGCAAGGUGUGGCUGACCAUCCUGUUUAUCUUCCGUAUCCUGGUGCUCGGGACGGCUGCUGAGUCGACGUGGGGUGACGAACAAGAGGACUUCAACUGUGACACUGAGCAGCCGGGCUGUGAGAACGUCUGCUACGACCGGGCUUUCCCUAUAGCACAUAUACGAUACUGGGUGCUCCAGAUAGUGUUUGUGUCCACGCCGAGUCUGAUCUACAUGGGCCACGCCAUGCACACUGUGCGCAGAGAGGAGAAGAGGAGACGUGAAGAAGAGGAGGGAGAGGGAAGAGCCACAGAGGACGAUCCUGGAGGAGGUGGAGGAGGAGGAGGAGGAGGAGGAGAGGGGAGAGGAGAGGGAGGAGGACACAAACAGGAGAAGAAGAGGCAGAAGGAUGAAGGAGGAGAGAAGGAUGACGGUGCCUCAGCAGGCCGUGUGCGUCUGAAGGGGGCGCUGCUGCAGACGUACAUACUGAGCAUCCUGAUACGAAGCAUCAUGGAGGUGGUGUUCCUGUGUCUGCAGUACUUCCUGUAUGGAAUCUUCCUCCAUCCUCUGUACGUCUGCAAGGCCUGGCCGUGUCCCCAUCCGGUAAACUGCUACGUGUCCAGACCCACAGAGAAGAACGUCUUCAUCGUGUUCAUGCUGGUUGUGUCGGGCGUCUCCCUGGUCCUCAGUGUGCUCGAGCUGCAGCACCUGGCAUGGAGGCACUGCUGCAGGCGGCUGUUCAGCAGAGGGAAGGCCGUUGCCCCCAGCCACGCCACACUGGCAAGACAGCUGUCUCUCUCCCCUCCGCCACCAUCGACCCCGCCCCCAGACUUCACCCAGUGUGUGAUUGGCUCUCCGCACUUUCUGCCCCUGCCUUACCCCAACCACCGCCUGCACAGCCAGCAGAACUGUGAAAACAUGGCUGCUGAGAGGCACAAAAUGGCCGCUGCCGUGGAGGAAAACUUCCUCCAGAUGAGCUGCUACUCGCCUGCAGGGGAGAAAGCCGGAUGCGGUCAAACUCAGAAGGGCAGCUACCAGGGGAGCGAGGCUAACUGCUACAGCCCUGGCAGCGGGGAAGCUGGCUGCCCUCCGAUCCAAAAUGGCGGUCCAGGUGGGCCGGUGCUUUGCCAGAAUGGAGCAGUCCUUCAGAAGGACAAGCGACGAUUCAGCAAAACCAGUGGAAGCAGCAGCCGGACAAGGGCUGAUGAUCUUGCUGUUUAGAAAGCAGGGACAGACAGAUGCACACACACACAC